AGUGACAGUUGGCGAUCUGAGACACCGGAAGCACUCGUCGGUUUUGGUGACGCUGCAUUAGACUGCAAGACAUGGACCGGUCUCGGUUGUUCGGAUGGUUCCUCAUCAGCCUGGCUCUUGCCUGGUCUCAGGCGCUCACACCGGCGCACUACCUUUCUCUGUCUGAUGUGGCCAGACUGCAGACCCUCCUCAGCCAACAAUUCACCGAUCUGGAGUCAGCAUACUACUCUGUUGUUGGUCUGACCAAACUGGGAGCGUCUGUUCCCGAUCCUACGGAAGUGUGCCAGUACCUCAAAUCUCAGCUUGACCCCACCAGUGUUGACUCCCUCUUCUUUGCCGCUGAGACCAGCCAAGCAAUCUCAGGAUGUGAGAUACCUGUGUCCAAUGAAACCCGUGACAUCCUCCUGGCAGCGGUCAGUGAAGAUUCAACCAUGGCUCAGAUUCAUCGGGCUGUGAGUGCUCUCAGCUCUCUGGGGCUCCCACUGGCUUCUCAGGAAGUCGUAGGUGCCUUGACAGCUCGCAUCAACAAGGAGGACAAUGUUAUGGCGAUCACUUUGGCUCUGCAAACAGCAACCCGUCUGUCCCAGCAGGCAGAAUUUGGAGGAAUACUUGAGGAAAUCGAGGAUCUCACAGCUCGUUUGGAUGAUCUUGGUGGUAUCUACCUCCAGUUUGAAGAGGGACUUGAGGCAACAGCCAUGUUUGUGACGGCUGCUUAUUCGCUGUCUGAUCAUGUGGAUAUGGAGCCCCCUCUGAAGGAGGACCAGGUCAUCCAGCUGGUCAACUCCAUCUUCAGCAAGAAAUCCUGGGACUCUCUGGCCGAGGCCUUCAGUGUAGCAAGUGCCGCCGCCGCUCUGUCCAACAAUCGCUUCCACGUGCCCGUCAUUGUCAGUGCUCAAGGCCCUGCCACAGUGUCCCACAGCCAGCCUACCUUGCAGCUCCUUGUGACUGAUGUCAUGUCUCAGCCUCUGGCCUCAGCCAAUGUGCUGGUAGAAUCUGCAUAUGCUGUGGCCUCCAAGAGCGUGAUUCUCAGCCAAGCACCAUUCACACUUAAUGAUGGCGUCUUUGAAUUAAAUUUCAUGUCGAACCAGCCCGCCAGUGGAUAUUACCAGUUUACUGUUGCAGUGACCGGAGAUAGUCGCCUGGUUGCCAAUCAUGUAGAGCUCAAAGUGAAGGUGUCCACUGAGGUGGCUGUCAGUAACAUGGACCUGUCUGUGGUGGAUAAAGACCAGAGCAUUGGCACAAAGACUAGCAGGGUGGACUAUCCUUCCAAAGCCAAGGCUUCCUUCACAGCUGACGGUCACCAGAACUUUGCGAUGUCCUUCCAGCUGGUUGACGUCAACACUGGAGUGGAGCUUACCCCCCACCAGACAUUUGUCCGGCUGCACAAUCAGAAGACUGGCCAGGAAGUUGUGUUUGUGGCCGAGCCCGACAGCAAGAGCCUGUACAAGUUUGAGUUGGACACAACAGAGCGGAAAUCAGAGUUUGCCUCCAUCUCUGGUACCUAUUCCCUUCACCUUAUCGUUGGAGAUGCUACUUUGGAGAAUCCCAUUUUGUGGAAUGUGGCUGAUGUUGUCCUGAAGUUUGUGGAUGAGGAGGCUCCAGCUACCAUUCAGCCCAAGACUCUUUAUGUACCCAAACCAGAAAUCCAGCACUUAUUCAGGGAACCAGAGAAGAAGCCUCCCACGGUGGUCUCUAAUGCCUUCACUGCACUCAUCCUGUCUCCCUUCCUGCUUCUGCUCAUCCUGUGGUUAAAGCUUGGAGCCAACAUUUCCAACUUCAGCUUCUCCCCCAGCACCAUUCUGUUCCACGUGGGACACGCAGCCUUGCUGGGCUUGAUGUACGUCUACUGGACCCACCUGAACAUGUUCCAGACCCUGAAGUACCUGGCGAUUAUCGGUGGUGUAACUUUCCUCGCCGGGAACCGCAUGCUGGCCCAGAAAGCAGUGAAGAGGAUUGCGGCAGAGCAAAGUAGUAGGUUGGCAAAGUAUAGGAGCCUACGAUAAAGCCCCCAUUUGUAAAGAAAUGGGUUGGUCGUUCUUCCAGGCUGAAAAUUGAGAAAAAAUAAGGGCAUGAAAAUUUAAAGAGGACACUGAUGGAGCCCAUUCAUUGUUUCAACGGAUUCAUUCAACAGUGCAUCAAAUCGGACUUUAAACACGGCGUGGCGGUUCAAGAAUCCAAUCGACAGCUUAAACAUGCAGUUUGUCAGUGUUGCCAAAUGGAAGGAAUCUAGACAUCACAGCGGCUCUGAGGGGAAACAAAACGCUCACUGACAGAUCCUCCUACUGAGGACUGUACAGCUACUGAUCAUUGCACUUCAUCUUCCUGUGAGAUUUGUGUUCUUUUUUUGUCCAACAUGCCAGUGUUUUGUAACUGAGCUGGGAUUUUUAUUUGUGGUUUCUUGCUGGGGUUUUUUGUUUGAUGAUUUGUGGUCAUAUUUUGUACAUUCCUCUUGGUCUUCACUCAGUGCCCGUUUCACCUCACAUGUUUCAUCUGAUAAAUAAACCACAGGCAGGGGCACUGACACUUUGAUCAUUACCCAGAAAAAAAAUGGUUAAUGAAGUAAUACGGGCCGUUUGAGAAUAUGAUGUUUUUGUAAUGAGAGAGGAAAUAAAGAAUCUGAGGUGAA